AUGGAGUACAAUUUAUAUAAUAAUACUGACAAACCAAUCAUAAAUACUAGAUAUAAUGUCAAAUAUUUCAGCGUUUAUAAUUAAUAAUUUUAUUCAAGUGUGGAUGAUCAAAACAAUAUUCUUUGUAAUGGCAAACAUAUUAAAAGUAAAAACUCACAAAUCAAACAAAUUAAGCAUAGUCCUGAUGGAAAAAUGAUUGCAGUCGCCUACCAUAAUAAAUUAAUUAUUUACACUUUAGAGAUGGAGUAAAUAAAAGUGCAUUCAAAUAAACAUUAAAUUAAUGGUUUUUCUUGGUCACCAGAUAGUCGAUUUAUUUUAUCAUGGGGAGAUGAUAAUUCCGUCAUAAUAAAUAAUGUAUUUAAACUGAGAUUAUAUACAGAUAUUAUGUUGCAGGCUCAUAAAUUUAAAAUAGCUUCUGCAUUUUUUUUAGAAUUUUAAUAUAUUGUAGAUUGAAGUGUUUUA